AUGAACCACCCAAAUAUUGUGAAGCUAAAGGAAGUUAUUCGAGAAAUUAACAUUCUGUACUUUGUUUUUGAGUACAUGGAAUGCAACCUGUACCAACUUAUGAAAGACAGGGAGAAGAUCUUUUCUGAGGGUGAAGUUAUGAAUUGGUGUUUUCAAGUUUUCCAAGGUCUUGCUUAUAUGCACCAGUGGGGAUACUUCCACCGUGAUCUGAAGCCUGAGAACUUGCUGGUUACCAAGGAUAUCAUAAAAAUUGCUGAUUUUGGCCUAACACGUGAGAUCAGUUCACAACCACCCUACACUGAGUAUGUCUCCACACGGUGGUAUCGUGCUCCUGAAGUGCUACUUCAAUCUUAUCUGUAUAGCUCCAAAGUUGACAUGUGUGCAAUGGAUGCUAUAAUGGCUGAACUGUUCUCUCUUCGUCCUCUUUUUCUUGGUGCCAGUCCUGGUUUUUGUGAAUCUACUUCAAGUUUCAAAUGGCACUUUUAA